CGCGCAUGCGCCCCGAUAUCGGCCGCUGAAGGCUUUGCGGACCCAAUCUCGCCCCUUAUUCCUCCUGCGAGUGUCCGUCCCCCUCCCGCCCAGAGACAGGCCGCCGCAGUCUGUUGCAGGCAAAAGUCUCACUGAAGAAGAGGCGUUGGAGCAAAGGCCGAAGAAAAUCUUCCUUCUCCUCUAUCGCUGUCUUGAAGGGGUUGGUUUUCCCUGUGCAAUUCAGAAUGAUCUCUGGAACUGAAGUGACGUUCAGGAAUGGCAGGUCUGACUGAGGUGGAAUGCGGCACCCAGACAGAAGUCCGAGCUGUGGAAGGGAUCCAGGCUGAGACCAGGGCUGAAUCCUUAGAGAGGUACAAGCAGGUGUACAAAUACCUGGCCAAAGGCCGAUAUCCCAGGCACCUCACUGCACUACAGAAGAGGAGUCUCCGCAGAUACGCCACCAAGUUUGAAGUGGAAGGUGGCUGCCUCUAUUACGUGGGACCAAAGAAGGAGGAAAAGCGUGAAGUCGUCGUGGAUCCUGAAAGGAGGCGGCAGGUCUUCCUGGAAAGCCACUUCACAGAAAUCGGGAACCAUCUGGGACAGAAGAAGACAGUGCACAGGAUUCAGAGCCGGUACUAUUGGCUGGGGAUUGUGAAGGAUGUAGUAGACUGGAUCAAAAUGUGUGAAACCUGCCAGAAUGCAGAACACAAUAAGAACAUGUCGCGGAAAGUGAGGCCUGUCAAAGUGGAGUCGCCCUGGGAAGUGCUAGGACUAGACAUUCAUGGACCUUUUCCAGAGACAAGCCGGGACAAUACGCACAUACUGACUGUAACAGACUAUUUCACCAAAUGGGUCGAAGCUGUCCCACUGCAGAAGAAAGAUGCCUUAUCGGUGGCCAAGGCACUGGCUGCAAUUUUUUAUAGGUUUGGAGCGUCCAAGAACAUCUAUUCCAGUCAGAGCUGGGACUUCUGCGACGAGGUGAGCCGGUGUUUAUGUGAGCGCUGGAAUAUCUCCCAGACGCUGACCCCUGCCGAUCCUGCCCAUUGCCCCGGCCUGGACAACUGCACCAAUGAGUUGCUCAAAUCCUCCAUCCGAAAUGUGGUGAAUGAGAAGCCAAGCGAGUGGGAUGACUAUCUUGACCCGAUUCUCUUUGACUUCCGCACAUCCGUCAGCUCCGUCACUAAAUACACCCCGUUCUUCCUGAUGUUUAACAGAUAUGUCUGUCUUUCGUCGGAGGUUGAGUUUGUCAAGGACUCUAAAGAGCAGGGUGCUGCUCCCGGUAAAGUGGAGGGCCUCCCACCAUUCACCGCGGCUGUCCAGGAGCAGCAGAAUGCAGUGAAAGAGAUUGUGAUAGCCAACAUGGCCGCAGCUUACAAGCGGGAACAAAAGAGCGUGAAAAGGAAAACGAGGAGCCUGCCCUCCCUCGCCUUUAAAGUGGAAGAGGGCGUGUUCGGCGGCAACACAAAUGCAUCCCUGAAGAAGCUGAAGAAGAGCCAGUUUAUGGCAUUUCAAAUUGAGACCGUGCUGACGCCCGAGCAGAGUAUAUCGGGGGUGAAGAAAACCAGCUAAACUCAGGGUCUAACUCCUUGACAUCCUGCUGUUGUCUUGGUAACCUUAGCAUGAAGUGUUCUCGUAAGAUACCUGUGUGGAAGAUGAAUGCUCAGACCUAGGUAGCGGUGUGGGAAGGGAUGGUUAACGUUAAAAUCUGGUGUGUCUGAGCAUCUAUAUGGCCCCCUCCCCGGCUGUCGUGCCAGAGCCCCUCCCGGACUUUUCCAUACCACAUCCCAGAGAGGUGUCGUUAUUCCCACUUGACAGACAGGGCACAGAAGCAAAAAGCGUUGAAGUAACUGGCCAAAAGCCCCACAGUGAGCGUGAUUAGGAUUGCUCUCACGUUGAUGUAAAUCAGGAAUAACGCCAUUACAUUUUAUGGGGGUAAAUGAGAGGAGACUCAGAGCCACUAGGCUGUGGCACAGCUGGAAAUUUAACCCAGAUCUCCUGAAUCCCAGGCCAUUGCCUUCGCCUGAAAAUCGUCCCUCCUACCAUCAGCCUAGAUCGUUGAUGCACCCGGUCCGUGUGUGUCCCUUUUGGAUGUGUAAAUAGCCUGAAAUCUACACAUUCAUCUUGGAGGGGUAAAACCCAGAAAAUGAGAAGGGUUUUUCUCUGAUUGUCCAGGCAGAGGGAGACUUGGCCUUGUGGUCUUAGCUUUCACAUCCUACUCUUCCCUAAAACGGAAUGAAUUCUAAGAGUCCUAUGCAGUCAGUUCCCAUAUUGUCUGGGGUUAUACAGUAUAGCAUGCAAGUCCAGGAAGUGCUGGGGAAUGUUGACCACUGCACUUGUGACAAUAAACAGCCUAGGUGUUAAUAUUGUUUUGUAUAUAAAGUAACUGCGUCCGAGCCCUGUGAUAAGGCAUAUACAGGGGAAGAGAUUACAACAGUCUCAUAGUUCUGAGAUAUGUGGGCUAUUCCGAUUUUGAAAGGAAAUAUUUAUAUGUCAGUUCUUGGACUUCUUGAAACUAGGUCCCUCACAACUCUCACCUAGGGUUAGGGGUUUAAUUGAAAAUCCUCGUGAGCUGAUUCACUGUUUAAAUCUAACUCCUAUUUUGUAUUUUCCUGUUGCUGGAGGCUAAUGAAGCACUGUAAAGAAUAAAGCAUUUGGACAUUUUUUGUA